AUGACACGAAAAUAUAGUUCUGACUUGAGACGAUUUUCUAUAUCAUUACACUUUUUUUCGCCUCGUGCAUACUCAUUUAUAAGAGAACAAUUUAACUCAGUUUUACCCCAUCCACAAACACUCUCUAAGUGGUAUGCAAGUGUUAAUGCUAAACCAGGCAUCUGUAAAGAAGCAUUAAAUAGAUUGAAGUUAAAAUGUGAUAAUACAGCUAACCCCGUUUACUGUGCAUUGAUUAUGGACGAAGUAGCAAUAAGAAAACAUGUCGAAUGGGACGGUUAUAAAUACCAUGGAUAUGUAGACUUUGGUGCACAAUUAAAUAAUGAAAGCUUAGAAAUUGCAACAGAAUGUCUGGUUUUUUUAUUAGUUUCUAUAACUGAAUCAUGGAAGUUACCUGUUGCUUAUUUUUUAUGUGAUCAUUUAUCAAGUAUGCAAAAAGGUAAUCUUGUUGAACAAUGCUUAGAGCAAAUUCAUUCAACUGGUAUUAAAGUCGUUAGUCUUACAUUUAUGAUGGCUGUCCUUCAAACAUGA